CGACAUCGUUGCUCUUGACACCCUUCGGCUUCCAUCAACUACGACAUGAGCAUGAGGGCUAGCCGUUGGAUGGUGAACGGAUAUAAUUCGUGAGAUGCAUACCUGGUACAUAUGCGGGCGGGGGCGUUCUGCACGGUUCCGUUCUUGGCUAGGCAGUUUCGAGAACACUCGGUCAGCUUUCCCAUCAACGACCACGUCUCUUCCGUAACUUGCUCUUGCUCUUGACCUUCUUUCGACUCGAGAGAACCCAGUCUUCCUCCUCGAGAGCUCUUCUCGUAUCACUAUCCCAUUGCACCCCUUUGCCCUCUUCAAGUCAUUCUCGUAAUGCACUGUUGAGACCAAUCUCUGCCACUACCCCAGCUGUCUACACAAAAGUGAUAGCUGUCCCUUAUACACCCGCCUCUGCCCAUCGUACUCCCAAUCACACCGCAUUCUGGCUCCCCGCCUCUGAACCCCUCCACUCACCGUCUAAGCGAUACACCCUCUGGAUUACUCGAACGGUCACUUCAAAAUGUCAUCCGACCCCGUUGCAACCGCCAGCUCUUCUGCUGAAGGUCUGACUCCUGCUCAGAAGCUGAUGGAGCAGCACGACCAUCACGCCACCGUCGAGGAAGUCGUCGACGAGGAGGACAUCAUCCAUCCUCCCCCUUCGGCCACCGUCCCCAAGGACACCGACGCAGCCGCUACCAGCGACAAGGCCGCAGGCAAGAAGAAGGCUGAGGAUGCACCGGCUCCCAAGAAGGGUCCAGCGCUGAACACUUCUUCUGAAGAGGCUUUCCCAGCUCUCGGUCCUAUCAAGCCUCGUGCGCCCGCCGCCUUCGCACCCACCUGGGGCAAGAAGCCCUCCUCGCUCUCCGCCAACGGCGUCAAUGGCAACGAACACGCCCCCAGCUCCGCCACCUCUCGUGCUUCCACGCCCGCCUCCGGAAUCAAUACGCCCGCCUCUGCGCCCACCGCUCGCGGUCCCAUUCUUCCUACCAUGAACCUCCCUGGCAAGCACAAGCAGCAGAUUGUCUUUGACCAGAAACAUCUCGUUCCGCGCUCCGAACUGAAGAAGCCUCUACCUGAGAUCGUCCGUGACAUCAACAAGCGCUCCAAGGCUAAGUUGGAGGUCAAGACAGGUGGUCCUGGUGGCAAGGUCAUUUUCGAAGCCACCGGUCCAGAGGAUGCCGUUCGCCAGACACUCAAGGAGGCGGCCACCGAAUUCGGCAGAAAGCUCACUCACAAUUAUGCUAUUCCCGCCUCCACUCGCCCCUUCAUCAUCGGCCGCGGCGGCGCCAAGAUCCAGGAAAUCCAGAAGCGCACUGGUGCUCGCGUCAACGUGCCGAAGCAGGAAGAAGGUGAGGAUGAGGAUACCAUGGUCAACGUCCUGAUCGAAGGUAACUCCCUCACCGUCGAGAUGGCUCGUCGUGAGAUCGAAGCUAUCGUCAACGAGCGCACUUCGACGGUCAACCUUCGCCUCAAGGACAUCCCCGCUGAGUACUAUCCCUUCUUGGCUGGGCCCCACGAAUCGAACAUUGGCAUGUUGGAGAAUGGCCGUGAAGUCAACGUUCGCAUCCCCCACUAUCACACGUGGGACGCUCAGGCCCCACCCCAGGCUCCACGCAAUCAACCUGUCCCGUUUGUGCCUCAAGCUGGAUUCCCCAUUCAAAUUUCUGGAGACCGCCAGGCUGCUCAGGAAAUCCAGGCCAAAAUCGAGCGUCGCGUCCAGCAGCUGCGCCAGCAGUUGGCCAUCGAACAAUGCAACAUUGAGCGCGGCCGCCAUCAAUUCAUCGUUGGAGAGCGGGGAGGUUCUCUGCAUGAUUUCCUCCAAGAAACCGGCUGCAGCAUCGUCAUGCCGCCUAGCACAGACGACAGCGAGUCGAUUUACGUGGUUGGGCCAGCGGAUAAGAUCCAAGCUGGUAUCGACAGGCUAGAGGACAUUGCUGCCGAGAUGACCAUGGCCUCCGCUGACUGCAGCCGUGAGCACCGUGGACCGAAUGCCCAGGCGCAUGCCGCCAACGUUACCCGCUAUUUGCAACACCGUGCAGCACUGAGAGAGCUCGAACGCCAGCACGAGGCCAGCAUCGUUACCCCCACCGAUGGGUCCUCCGCCUGGCAAAUUUACGCCAAGAAUGGAAAGAAUAGUAUGAAAGCUCGCAAUGACAUCAUGAGCAUCUUUGCCAGCCAUCCUCCUCAGCGAUUCUUCAGCGUUGAUGUGGACCCAUUCUAUCACGAGUUCCUCCGACAGCAGAAUGCUCAGCACAUCCGUGAUAAUAUGGGUGUUCACGUCGUCUUUCCUGACGAAGCAGAAGAGUCGCCAGCUCUAGUCCUUGUCUUUGAGGGUUCCACCCCCUCCAGCGAAUACACUAUCCCACGCGAGCGUCCGUCCGACGCGCAGAAAAAGGAGUAUCAGCAGGCACUCCAACAGGCACAGCAGUAUAUUCAGGGGCUCACCAGCAAACAUCAGGACAUUGCUUCACGGGACGUGGAGGCCAACACCAAAUUUCACCCAAAGAUCCAGCGUUUCGUGGACAAGAAGCAGCAAGGUCUCCCCCGCGACCAAAUCCCCGUGCAAAUGCUGUUCGGAGAUCGACGGCCCCAAGCGAGCAGGUCGUCCAACAACACGUUCGGAAUGCGUGGACCCAGCAGCGCCUUGGAAGAUCUCCAUGCUCAGAUCCUCGCUUUCAUCGAACAGGAAGAGAAAGAUGAAGUGGAGCGUGGCUUCACGACCACGUUCGAUUUCCCACAGAAGUUCGCUAACCAAUUGAUCGGAAAACGUGGCGACAACAUCAAAAAGCUCCGAGAAGAAUUCGACGUCGAUAUCCAGGUGAAUGAUGGCAAAGUGGAGCUCAAAGGUCCCCAGGCCAAGGCCAACGCCUGCAAGGCCCAUAUCCUGAACCUGGGCAAGCGUUUGGAGGACGAGACAACGCACACCCUGAAGGUCAAGCCGCAGUUCCACCGCGACCUCAUCGGAGCCAAGGGCAACCAAGUCAACCGUUUGCAAGAUCGCUACAAUGUUCGUAUCAACUUCCCGCGAUCGGCAGCUGCCAACGAGGAGGACGCCACAGACGGUGCAUCGCAGCGAAACUACCGCGGUCAAGCUGCCGACGAGGUGGUCAUUCGCGGUCCCCGUAAGGGCGCUGAUGAAGCACGCGAGGAGCUCCUCAAUCUUCUUCAAUGGACGACGGACAACUCAUACACUGACUCCGUCUCUGUCGCGCAGAGCCAGGUUCCGCAAUUGAUUGGGUCCGGCGGUCGCGAGAUGGAGAACCUUCGAUUAAGCACUGGUGCUCAAAUAGAUGUGCCUGGUGCUCGUGAGGGUGCCGAUCCCUCCGGUCGUGCUGAGAUCAAAUUAAAGGGCACCAAAAAGCAAGUUGAAGAAGCUAAGAAGAUCUUGCAAGAGCGCGCCAAAGUGUUUGACGACACAGUCAUCGAGACCGUCGACGUCGACCGCAAGCAUCACAGGAACCUAAUCGGUGCCAGUGGUUCCAACAUUCGCCAGAUCGUUACGGCUGCUGGUGGUCCCGACAGCGCUCGUGAGCUGGCCCGCAUGGUCCGCUUCCCUCGCGCUGAAUCAGAUGGCUCUUCCAUUCGUAUCGAGGGUCCCAAAAGUAUCGUGGAGAAGAUUGUUGCCUCCAUUCAAGCGCAGGCAUCUUCGCUCGAUAGCCAGGUCACCGAGAUCAUCGAAGUGUCACCUGACAAGCACCGCCUACUGAUCGGUCGCGGAGGAGAGACACGUCGAUCGCUUGAAUCUAAGCUCCACAUUCAGUUGGACAUUCCCAAGCAGUCUGAAACAGGCGCUGCGCGCAGCCAGGUCAAGAUCACGGGCGAGGCUGAUAGUGUGGCUAAAGCGAAGGAACACAUUCUCGAUCUCGUCAAGGGUCAGGAAGGAGAGACCGUUCAGGUUCCCCGGUACCUUCACCACACCAUCUCCGACAAUGGCCACUUUUUCCGCCGUCUCCGUAACGACCUCAAAGUCACUGUUGACCACGCUGGACAGCAGGUUCCGCCCAAGCCUAGCGCAGCAGAGGGAGGCAAGGCACGAAAGGGUGCCAACGGGGACCUCCCCCUCAUCACUGACGAUACUGGCUCAGGUGCAGACUCUCAUUCCUGGGAAUUGGUCGACAACAACCCCAAAGACGAUACCACUGAUACGUCUGCCACUAUCCCUUGGGUUCUCCGUGGUAGCGCUGAGAAUCUGCCCAAGGCCCGUCAGACACUCGAGUCUGCUAUUGAGAACGCAGCUAAGCCUUCGUCCACUGGGUAUCUCAUUUUGCCCGAUCCACGCAGUUAUAGGCUCGUUGUCGGUCCCGGGGGCAGCACUAUCAACAGCAUCCGCAAGAAGACUGGUACCAAGGUGCAAGUCCCACGUGACCAGGCCAAGGACGAGGCGAUAGAAAUUGUUGGGACCGCUGAGGGGUGCGAUCAGGCACGCCAACUGAUUCUUGAUAUCGUGUCUAAAGGUGGAAAUGGAGGCCGUAGGCCCUCUUAA